AUGCAGACAGAGAUACCGGUACUUUCGUUCAUUUCCGCAGUGCUGGUUCUCUUUCCGUUGCCCUGGUAUUUUCGGGCUCGCAACAUCGCUGCAAUGUCUAUUGGAAUUUGGCUGUUUGUUGUGAACAUAAUCAAUGCUAUAGAUACCCUCCAAUGGGCUGGAGCCUACCAAAUACCAUCCUUACUCUGGUGUGACAUCACUUCAGCACUGAUGACAGCCGUGAAUGUGUCUAUACCCGCGGCAUGCCUCUGUAUUUGCAUUCACCUGGAACGGAUGGCGUCGUUCUGCCAAACGUCCACCUCUGUGACAAAGCGACGCCGUAUUUUACUCGAAUGUCUAAUGUGUUUCGGAGUUCCGUUAGUAUAUGCGGCAUUGCAUCUAAUUGUUCAACCUCGACGCUUCGAUGUAUAUGAAAAUUUUGGAUGUCGCUGGGCAACAUAUCCCACUACGGUGGCUUUGUUCGUUGUCUGGAUGCCGCCGCUUGCACUUUCUCUUCUUACUCUAAUUUUUUGCGGCAUUACUUGGCGUCACUUUCUGCUUCAUGGCGUCCAAUUUUCGAGGACACGUGCAUCUUCGUCGCUUACUUCUGGAGCCUACAUUCGGCUCGUUAGUAUGGCGAUUUCAGAAGUCAUGUGUACUAUAUUGGCGACUGUAGUGGCCAUGAUAUUUAAUCUUAGCUCAGGGCUGGCUCCAUGGGCAGACCUUACUCGAGAUUUAACCGAGGUCUUGUCGCUCAGCUCCGCUGCGACACCUAAAUCAAUCACCGCGAUGCUCAUCACUGAGUGGGCCAUCGUAAUCGCGCAAUCCUUCUUCUUCGUCGGAUUGUUUGUGCUUGGAGGGGAGGGGCGCAGUCGAUUGCACGAGGCUCUGCAGGUUAUGCGGAGGGUUUUCAGUUUCUGUGAGAGACGGUCAACUUGUAUCGCUGAGCUCAAAGGUAAAUCCACCACAGAAUGGUAUGUUUCUUCGUAA